GUUAUUUCCAGAUUGGUCAGUAAUUAGCAAGCAAUAAGUGGCGCUCGUUCAUAAUACUUCCAAGAAAUCUUUGUUAUGAGAGAAUAAUAGACCAAGAAUAUAGGCGUUGUAUAAUGAAAAAGAAGGUAUUGUUGAUGGGUAAGAGUGGUGCAGGAAAGACAUCUAUGAGAUCAAUAAUUUUUGCAAACUACAUUGCUAGAGACACAAGGAGAAUUGGCGCAACUAUUGAUGUGGAGCAUUCACAUGUUCGAUUCCUUGGGAAUUUAGUUCUAAGCCUAUGGGAUUGUGGUGGUCAAGAGGCCUUUAUGGAAAACUAUUUUGCUAGUCAGAGAGAAAGUAUAUUUAGUGAUGUAGAGGUUUUAAUCUAUGUGUUUGAUGUUGAAAGUCGUGAUAAAGAAAAAGAUUUGCACUAUUAUCAAACAUGCCUUGAAGCUAUACACCAAAAUUCGCCAGAUACAAAAGUAUUUUGCCUGAUUCAUAAGAUGGAUCUCAUCAAAACGGGACCAGAAGGAAAAUUAAAAACAUUUUUAGAAAAAAGUGAAGAAUUAGCUAUACGUUCAAAACCGUUUGAAGCAGUUUGCUUCAGUACCUCUAUUUGGGAUGAGAGCUUAUACAAAGCCUGGUCAGCUAUCGUUUACAACCUAAUCCCAAAUGUAUCUGAUAUCGAAAGUUCUCUCCGUAAUUUUGCUACCAUUAUAGAUGCCGAUGAAGUACUUAUGUUCGAAAAAGCUACUUUUUUGAUGAUAUCCCAUUGUCAAAUGAAGGAGCACAAAGAUCCUAACAGAUUUGAAAAAGUUUCUAAUAUAAUAAAACAGUUCAAAUUGAGCUGCAGCAAAUUUGGGACUACAUUUUACACUAUGGAAAUAAGAAAUUCGAAUUUCGCCUCAUUUAUUGACCUAUUCACGACCAAUACCUAUAUUAUGGUAAAUGUUUCAGACCCAUCUAUUCCUUCCUCUUUGGUCAUGCUAAAUAUCAAAAACGCUAAACAACAUUUUCAAUCUCUUGAAACGGAAGAAUAUAUUAGCAUAACAAAUUAUUCCCCUAACACCACCAAUUUCGAAAGCAGUUCUAAUAAAAAUAUCAAAGAUAGGAAUAAUUUUUAUUAAAAGAUUAUAAUAGUUGUACUAACAUGAUUCUCGAAACAGUUAGAAUCUGACACUUUUUGAAAUGAUCGCUUUAGUCUAUUAACAUCACGUUCCUACAUACUUAAUAAGGUAUUUUAAAGUAAAAUCAAACUAACCUUUUUCCCCACAACAUUUUAAUACAUUAAAAUUAUAACAAAAUAUUCAAUUUAGAAACAAAAAAAACUCUUUGGAGGUCGAUAUAAUUAAAUCCAUAUAUUAAUUAUAUUAUUAAUAAAUUUUAAUUUCCCCCUUUUUCAUAAAGAUAUAUUUACACUAUAAAAUACACGUUAAUAGUAUUUUUUGCGACUAUCACAAUUUUUAUUAGUAUAUAUAUAUAUAGUAAAAUUGUUUAUACCUAAAAAUAUUUAAUAAUUAAUAUAUUUAUUUGACAAUUCAUAUAAUGUCAUUGUUCCUUUUUUAUG